AUGUCCCAUAAACAUCAUUUGGCCACUCAAAUACAUGCAACUUUAACAGAUGCUGUUAAAUCGUUGGCUCAUCAUGAAAAAAGAUUUAAAAAAACUCGCAAGGAAAAAAUCUUUGAUCUUUCACGUUUAAAACCAGGCGAUCAUAUUUCCUUUUAUCGAAGUGAUCUUCAUUACUCUCAUCAUGGUAUUGUAAAAGAAGCUAAUACGAAUCAUUUAGUUAUUAUUCAUUAUUUCAAUACUGUUGAAAAUGCUUGGGGGAGCUUGAUAAGAGGGAGCUUGUAUAUUGCUAAAGUUAUUGAAACAGAAUGGCCAUUUGACAUCGAUAAGGAAGAAUUAUAUUUACAUCAUUACGAUAAUAUUCAAUGUUUUUCAAAUGAAGAAACGUUAAAACGUGCAUCGGCGAAUAUCGGUGAAACCGGUUAUAGUUUAUUUUCGAACAAUUGUGAACACUGGGCACGAUGGUGUCGUAGUGGGGAAAAAUAUAGUGAACAAGUAAUUCAAUUUCGUCAACGAAUUCAACAAAAAACAGCUGCACUACUCAUUAUAGAUCCGAUCGCUUAUAUUGUUAAAGAUGUGGCAACAGUUGGGACUAAUACGUUCGGAUCAUUUUUGGGACAUGUUGCUGGUGGAUUGAUUCUAACAGCCGUCGAAAGUGUUUCGACUGCUAUUGAUCUAAGAAAAAAAUAUAACGAUCACAAAAAAGGAGGAUUAAGUGAUUUAGCAUUCAAAAAAUAUGUUGUAAGAAGGAUAACGUCGGCAUCGGGGACCGUUAUUGGAGGUAGUGCUGGAAUGAUCGUUGGUACUGUAUUGAUUCCUGUACCCUUAUUAGGAUCUACCGUUGGUGGUUUAACAGGGUCUAUUGGAGGAAAACUCAUUGGUGGUAUUACGGGUAUUGCGAUUUCAAAAAUUGUUGAGGUGUACGACAAACAAAAGCGACAGAAAAUAGCGAGUAUGGAAACAAUACCACUACUUAUGGCCUAUUUAUCCCGUGAAGAGCAAUUAGUUCAAAGCUUACUGACUCUAACGUCUAUAAAUGAGCCGAACACGGAAAACAAGAAACACGGCUUGAACAAACCUUUAUCAUCAGCAGAAUUCACGGCGCAGAAUUCUAAUGUAACGUAUAAAUCGUUAUAUCCAUCAUUAGAUGAAUUUUUGAACACCGAAGAAUACACUAAAACAUUUUCCGACGAAAAAUGUAGGACUGCGACAAAAUUAUCAGAUAUUCUUUCAACAACAAAAGAUACGAGUUUGUAUGAUUAUUUCGUUCUUACACCAUUACCUGACAACAAUAACGAUCAACAAUUCAUUACAGCUGCUGAUCUUCUGGUAUUGAGGUGGCCAUCAAAUAAAUGGGAUUUCAGUGAGGAAAAAGUUUUGGAAAUAAACGAAAUAACUGACUAA